UCCCAAACCCCCAACGACACCGAGACGUACGCAACCCGACGCCCCACUCGCAGAGGCACCGGGUCUGCCUCACGCACGCAGCAGCAGGCGCGGAAAGCGACGCGCCUCCACCGCCGCUGCUUGCCGCCUCCCUCCCAUAAGCCCAUACCGCCUCCUGCGUCCUGCCCGGGACGACGCGGCCAAGCAGCAGCAGAGCGCCCAAACCACCAUAAGCGUCUGGCGGCGCCUGCGCCACCUUGAAGCAAGCACCGCCCGUGCGAUUGGCGGAUUGAAGAAGCUAGCAUUCGAAGCGGCGGCCGGGAGGGGUGGAGCGGAGAUGGUGGCGGCGGCGCUGGACGCAAUGGCGGGGACGCGGUGGGGGCGGUGGCUGGGGCUUGUGACGGCGGUGUGGGUGCAGUGCAUCUCCGGCAACAACUACACCUUCUCCAACUACUCGCACGCGCUCAAGACGCUCAUGGGCCUGACGCAGCUGCAGCUCAACGGGCUCUCCGUCGCCAAGGACGUCGGCAAGGCGUUCGGCCUCCUCGCGGGUCUCGCCUCCGACCGCGUCCCGACCUGGCUCCUCCUCGCCAUCGGCUCCCUCGAGGGCCUCCUCGGCUACGGCGCGCAGUGGAUGGUCGUGUCCGGGGCCGUCGCGCCGCUCCCCUACUGGCAGAUGUGCGUCUUCCUCUGCCUCGGCGGGAACAGCACCACGUGGAUGAACACCGCCGUGCUCGUCACGUGCAUCCGCAACUUCCGCCGCAGCAGGGGCCCCGUCUCCGGCCUGCUCAAGGGGUACGUCGGCCUCAGCACCGCCAUCUUCACCGACGUCUGCUCCGCGCUCUUCGCCGACGACCCCGCGUCGUUCCUCGUCAUGCUCGCCGUCGUGCCCGCCGCGGUCUGCGCGCUCGCCAUGGUCUUCCUCCGCGAGGGCCCCAACGGCGGCGCCGCGGGCGGGGCCACCGCGGACGAGGCGGAGGACGGCCGCUGCUUCGCCGCCAUCAACUCGCUCGCCGUCGCCAUCGCGCUGUACCUCCUCGCCGCCGACCUCACCGGCAUCGGCGCCCGCGGCGGGGCCGUAUCGGCCGUCUUCGUGGCCGUGCUCCUGGUGCUCCUCGCGUCCCCCGGCGCCGUGCCGGCGCUCCUGGCGUGGAAGUCGUGGGUGAAGGCCCGCAAGGCCGCGAACGCCGACCUCGAGGAGGCGGACUCCUUGGCGGCCGCGGCGGCGCCGCUCCUCGUCGCGGCGAAGACGGCGGCGGGGAGGAGCGAGGAGGAGGAGGCGCGGGCGCCCGGCGAGCGGCCGCGGCUCGGGGAGGAGCACACCAUCGCGCAGGCGCUGACGUCGCUGGACUUCUGGCUGAUGUUCGCGUCGUUCCUGAUGGGCGUGGGCACGGGGCUGGCCGUGAUGAACAACCUGGGGCAGAUGGGCGUGGCCAUGGGCUACGCCGACGUCUCCAUCUUCGUCUCCAUGACCAGCAUCUGGGGAUUCUUCGGCCGCAUCGCAUCCGGAACCAUCUCCGAGCACUUCAUCAAGACACGGGCGAUCCCACGCCCGCUGUGGAACGCAGCCUCGCAGGUCCUGAUGGCCGUGGGCUACAUCGUGAUGGCGCUGGCCAUCCCGGGCUCCCUCUUCAUCGGCUCGGUGGUCGUCGGCGCCUGCUACGGCGUGCGGCUGGCGGUCACGGUGCCGACGGCGUCCGAGCUGUUCGGGCUCAAGUACUACGGCCUCAUCUACAACAUCCUCAUCCUCAACCUGCCCCUGGGCUCCUUCCUCUUCUCGGGCAUGCUGGCGGGCCUCCUCUACGACGCGGAGGCCACCCCGGUGCCGGGCGGCGGCAACACAUGCGUCGGCGCGCACUGCUACCGCCUCGUGUUCCUGAUCAUGGCCGUCGCCUGCGCCGUCGGGUUCGGCAUCGACGUCCUGCUCUCCGUCAGGACGAAGCGGGUUUACGCCAAGAUCCACGAGAGCAAGAGGGCGAGCAGGUCGGCCGUGGCGCAGAGGGUGAGCUAGCCUCGAUGCUUCUGUGGAGAGGCUCGAUGGAACGGGACCGCGCCAUUAGCGUUCUGGGGUUGCGCCCUGUCAAUUUUUGUGUGAAUAAUAAGGGAAGGGGAUUCAUAGUCUUGAUUCUUUGGACAAGAUGGAUGGAUCGAUUCGAUUGCUUGGCACUGCCAUAUGGAACUGUGGAACUGUUGGCUGGUAAAGAGUGCUGCUAGCGAAGUGUAGUGUUACUGGAGUACUGACGGAGAAAGCUACAAAAUUUUGUUGGUUCUCCUUCAUUUUCGUGGCGCUGUGUAUUGUAAAAAGUGUACUGUACCCUGAUCGCAACGGUGUAAUAUAAAUUGGUUUGAUCGUAGCGCA